GUUCAACAUCGUCGGUCAGUGGGCUGUCACAGCAAGUGUGGAUUAUUCACUAGCACAACUAAUUCAAGUAAUCAUUCUGCUUAGCACCGGGGGAAAAAACGGUGGUGGAUAUGAAGCUUCUAAAUAUAUAGUCAUAUGCUUCCAUGGUGGAAUUCUAUUCAUUCAUGCCAUCCUAAAUAGCCUUCCUAUAACAUUUUUGUCCUUUUUUGGUCAACUUGCUGCUGCAUGGAAUAUUGUAGGUGUUUUUGUCCUCAUGAUUCUCAUUCCAACUGUUGCAACUGAGAAGGCUAGUGCCAAAUUUGUUUUUACUAACUUCAACACGGAUAAUGGAGAUGGAAUCAACAACAAAGUUUACAUAUUUGUUCUUGGGCUCCUAAUGAGCCAGUAUACCUUAACUGGUUAUGAUGCAUCCGCACAUAUGACAGAGGAGACAAAGAAUGCAGAUAUGAAUGGACCAAAGGGAAUAAUAAGCGCAAUAGGCAUAUCCAUUGUUGUUGGAUGGGGUUACAUACUUGGUAUGACAUUUGCAGUGACAAACAUUCCAUACCUUUUGAGCGGUGACAAUGAUGCUGGAGGUUAUGCCAUAGCGGAAGUGUUCUACCAAGCUUUCAAGAGCAGAUAUGGCAAUGGAGUUGGGGGAAUUAUAUGCUUGGGAGUGGUUUCUGUUGCCAUAUUUUUCUGUGGCAUGAGUUCUGUGACAAGUAACUCCAGGAUGGCAUAUGCAUUCUCAAGAGAUGGAGCUAUGCCAUUUUCGUCAUUGUGGCAUAAAGUGAACAAGCACGAGGUCCCAAUAAAUGCAGUUUGGCUCUCUGCAUUUAUCUCAUUUUGCAUGGCAUUGACGUCUCUCGGAAGCACGGUGGCAUUUCAAGCAAUGGUCUCAAUUGCAACCAUUGGACUCUAUAUUGCCUAUGCACUACCAAUCCUCUUUAGGGUGACAUUGGCUCGCAAAACUUUUGUUCCAGGACCCUUCAACUUGGGCCGAUAUGGAAUCCUUGUGGGGUGGGUUGCAGUUCUUUGGGUAGCAGUAAUCAGUGUUCUCUUCUCUUUGCCUGUAGAAUAUCCCAUUACCAAGGACACUCUCAAUUACACUCCUGUUGCAGUUGGUGGUCUCCUUAUUCUCACUGUUUCUUCUUGGAUCAUCAGUGCUCGACACUGGUUCAAAGGUCCCAUCACCAACGUAGAAAUUUGAAAAAAAAAAAGUACAAGCACGUUGAUUCACAGUUCCCAGUAUGAUAAAUGAAUUGUUUUGAAGCAUUUCCUCGUGUUACAACUAUUCUUUUCUUACAAUUGCUAAAGAUUUCAUUCUAUUUGCGAUUA